CCAUUUCGAUCAAGAUUUCUCACUAACAUUUCCCCCUUCCUCCCCAAUUUCUAUCACCGCGAGUGACACGCGUCGCCCUCAUUUGCUCGCUUUCCACCACGCGAGAAUGGAGAAGGUGAAGGAAAUCUUCGGCGGCGAGAAGAAACGCGAUGAGCCUCGCGAGGGCGAGUACGGAUACGGCCAUCAUGGAACCGCCGUGGGCGAGGCAGAAUACGCUGGCCAGGGGCAGCAGCGCCGCGGCCAAGAGUAUGAGCGCGAAACGCCCGGCUAUGGCGGCGGUUCUACCGAGCGCUCCGGAUACUCUGGCGUGACUGGGCGCGAGAGAGGCACGGAUUAUGGCGGCACCAGCACAACUGGCUAUGGUGGCACAGGCUCCACCGGUUAUGGUGGCGGCACGGGCACAACAGGCUACGGUGGUGAAACCGGCCCAAGUGGCUAUGGAACUUUCGGGAGUGGCGAAGGUCGGACGGGACACCGCCAUGGCAAGCACGAAGAAACCACCGGAUACGGCAGAACGACUGGCUAUGGCGGCACGACUGGGGGAGGUACAACUGGGUACGGAACGGUGCGUGGCACGGAGUACGAACGGGGGACAGCAGGGUAUGGGGAAGGGGAAGUUGGUGAGCGGCAUGGAGAACGCGGAUCUGAUGAACGUGCUUACGGGGAGCGCGCUGGUGGUAUUGGCUAUGGGGAAGAGCGCAAGACCGAGGAAGAGAAGAUGCAGAAGGAAUAUGAAGGGCACAAGCGAGGGGAGCGCAUCGGUGAGGCGAUCGCUGCUGGUGCCGCCGCGUAUGCCGCACACGAGCGCCAUGAGAGGAAGGAGGACGAGGAGGACAUCAAGAGGAGGGAGAGGGAGGCAGAGGGAGGUCAGAAGAAGCACGGCUGGUUUGGCUAGAGGACUGCAUAAAUGUUGAGCAUCGGCUUGUUGCAAGGCUGGUUUGGCUAAAUAGAAAAGCUGGAUCGUCGCCGGAGCUGCUGGGUAUGCUGCUCACGAGCCCCGCGAGGGGGAUGAGCGCCACAAGCAGCACUGUUGGUUUGGCUAAAUGGCCCUGCUCCUCCUGUUCUUCCACGUUCCUCCACGUAACUACUGCCUGAAAGGGGAAGGCAGCUGGCCCAUUGUGUACAGUUCACACAUACGUAGCAUGCCAUUUUUUCGGUUCCUACAGGAUUAGUUGACAAUCUUU